CAUCUUGCUAAAAUUAGGUCAAAAAAAUCUGCCAGAGUCCAAAAUAGCCCACAAAUCCCUCCUCAAACCUCCGACGACCUCUAUUUAUUUCUAGAAUUUCGAAUUUCGCAGUUGGGCGCCGGACGUGUCUAAGGUAACAUCCCGAUGACGUGUGUUUACGCUUACGUAAACCCUGUGUCAUUCGUCACCCGACCCUAACCUCACUUCAGUCAUAAAUCAAUCAAACCGACUUAAAUCCGUAAGUUCAGCCGCGAUUCCACUCAAAACAACGCACUUUCACCCCGGAACUUCCAGAAAUGUGGCUGUGGCGAUUUUUACUUAUAACCCUGGUGCUCCACCACGUCUCCUCGGCCUCAAAAUACGACGACGUCUACGACAAUGAAUUCGCCGAAUUCGAGGACUUCGAGGCCGAUGAAGACAUGAUCUCGCAGGAGAACGCGCCCGAGAGCGAGUUCAAGGAAUCUAGUCAUGAGAAUGCUCCAGCCGAUGACGAUCAAGACAUCAUCAUAGACGACGACGAUUCGGAGUUCGAGCACUUCCAGGACUUGGAGGAGUUCGAAGGGUUCGAGGGCAAGGACGAAAAGCCGGCGGCCGAGCCCAAGAUCACCAUAACCAAAGUCCCCAUACACUUCCGGGCGAAUUGGGACAGCUACUGGUUGGAGAUUUUGAUGGUAGCCGGGCUGGUGGUCUACUUUAUUAAUUUCACCACUGGUAAAGCCAAGAACACUAAAAUCGCGAACGUGUGGCUGCAAACGCACCGGCAGCUGCUGGAGGACAAUUUCUCCCUAGUGGGGGACGAUGGGGCCUUGGAGAAGAACGAGCACGUGGGGUUUGUCAAGGAGAGCGAAAACGUGUUUACGUUGUGGUGCAGCGGAAGGACGUGCUGCGAGGGAAUGCUAGUGGAGCUGAAGCUGAUCAAACGUCAAGACCUCGUGGCCAUUCUUUCCGGUAUGAUGCGCCCCACUCUCGACCAAGUCCACAUCAAAGUCACAAUGAACAAGGAAGACAUGGACAGUUUCGUGUUCUGCGUGGCCUCCAAAAAAACCGCGUUACACCUAUCGAAAGAAAUGGCCGAUUUGAGUGUUUAUUGUCCGGAACGAAGACCCGGUGAUAAACACAACAUUCCGGCCGGCUUCAACGUAAUGAGCGAAAUCUCGGAGGCCACUUCCGCCAUGUUGGAUUCCAAAGUAGUCGCCGUGUUAAACAAAUACACGGAACUGGUGGACUACAUCCAUUUUUCUGAUCAGUAUUCAGGUCCCAAGCAACAAGAAGACACCGGCGUUUUGAAGUUGCCUGAAAACCAGAAAAUCCUGUUGUUUGGGUUCAACAUGCCUCUGAAAGGAAUGCCCCUGGAAGAAGCCAUGAACCAGUUGAAGCCACUUUUGGUGAUGGUGUUUUAUUGUAUGGAGAAAGUGAAGAAGUAUAGACUGUCCAAAGAAGGGAAGGCCAAAGCGGACAAGAAUCGGCAGCGGGUCGAGGAGGCUUUCCUGAAGUCGACGCACCAAGCGCGCGCCGAAGCUGCGGCCGCGCGACGCGAGGAAAGACGGCGUUUGGAGAAGGAGAAGGUGAUGGCUGACGAAGACCCGGAACGUCAGAGACGUUGGGAGGAGAAGGAGCAGAAGCGGCAGGCGAAAAAGCGCGCCCCGAAGAUGAAGCAGUUGAAAGUAAAAGCGUUGUAAUUUUGCGUUGGUUUUUGUGCCAAAUUUCGUAGGUUUUGUUGUUUAAAAUUGAUUUUCGUGGUUGUAGGAAGAUACGAACGAGGAUAUUAAUUUUUCACGUAUUCAGUGGUGGAGUUGUUUGUUUUGUCGUUAUUAAUAAAUGAGUUGAAGUUUU